UUAUAAAUAGCACCAAGAUCAUCCCUGCUGAAGCAAGAGGAUAUUUUAGGUGUUCUCCAAUAUGUAAAUUCAACAGACUGGAGUUUUCAUCAAAUAUCUUAAAAAAAUGUCAAAUUUUGAGCAGUUUCAGAUCGACUUUUACCAGUCCAAUUAUACCAUAGAUGACCAGGAAGAAGGUGACAACAUUUGUGGGUCUAACAAAAACCUCUGUGGAAGCAGAAAGAGCCAGACAGGAGAGCAACCUCCAGCCGGUGCUUUUGCCCCAUCGGAAAUGCUUCCGUCGUGUCAGAAUUACACAGGUCAGAUUUUGCAGCCAAUGUACAAUCCCAGCACUCUCUCCCAUCUUAGUUACGCUGAUGGAUUUGAUGAGGAACCUCCUUUGCUAGAAGAGCUUGGGAUCAAUUUUAAACACAUAUGGCAAAAAACAUUAACAGUUCUAAAUCCAAUGAAGCCUGCAGAUGGCAGCAUCAUGAAUGAGACAGACCUCACCGGACCUAUGGUUUUCUGUUUGGCCCUUGGAGCAACAUUGCUGCUGGCCGGAAAAGUUCAUUUUGGCUAUGUGUAUGGCAUGAGUGCCAUUGGAUGCCUUGCUAUGCAUGCCCUGCUGAACCUGAUGAGCGUCUCUGGAGUCUCGCAUGGCUGUGUUGCAAGUGUCUUGGGCUACUGUCUGUUGCCCAUGGUGAUCCUGUCCUCUUCUGCAGUCAUCUUCUCGCUACAGGGGACCCUGGGAACUUUGUUAGCUCUGUUUAUUAUUGGAUGGUGCAGUUUGUCAGCCUCCAAAAUUUUUACCUCUGCGUUGGCUAUGGAAGGACAGCAGCUUCUUAUCGCGUAUCCAUGUGCUUUACUUUAUGGACUUUUUGCACUUCUAACAGUUUUCUGAGAUGUAUUUUCUG